UGAAAGUGGGCGGGGCAUGUUUGACACUGCGCGCGGUCUUUGAAAGAAAAUGGCGGAGCUCCAGAGUGAAGAGAUCGAACCGUGUGAUGCCAGCAACGUCAAUACCAGGGUCUCAGAAGUGUCUCAUGGAGUCAAACGGUCUCAUGAUGACAGUAGCCACAUCUCCGGUCCUCCUCAGAAGUCACCUGCUCCUGCAGCGAUGCAGCUUUUAGGAGAGGAGGACUCGAAGAUGAGCUCUGCUGAGGACCGUACGAGGGAAAGUGUGACCGUUACUGCUCCAGAACGAAGCCCUCGCUCACGGAGGAAAUCCUGGAGGAGAUCGUCCAGAGGCAGACGCUCUCUGCCGGCUUUCUCCUGCUCCUCACAGCCUCUGUGUGAAACCGUCAGUCUGUCUUUACCUGAUAAUGAGAGGCUGGAGAUGCUAAUUAAAGCUGCUAUGCAGAGGACAGUGAAGAGGGCCAAAAAUAGUCUGUACACUGUUCCUGGUGUUGAUACAGAGACACUCCAGACUCAAGUUGAAUCUUUACAUGAAGAGUGGGACGGUCUGGCUAAAGACAUCAGAAGAGAAACUCAGAAUUCACUUCCAACUGUUGAGAGUGACCCUGUUGUUAACAUGACCACUGCACACAUUCAGGAGGACAUUAACAGGUUACAGGCUGAAAGUAUGUCAUGGGAGUCACUAUUGAACAAACAUCGGAGCAAAGCUGCCGAAAUAGACAAAUGUGUGGAGUGGGGUGAAGAGAAGGGGGUGCCACUGGACCCAUCAUGCUUUGCAAAGUCCUCACAGAGUUGGCUCAUUCUGAACAAACCUGACUACAAGGAGGUACUCAUGGGACAGCAAAAACUACUCAGAAACAUGGAGCUAGUGAUGGAUUCACAGUGUUGUAUAAUGAGGGAGCUGCUGUCUUUCCAUGAGAAAUCACAGCUGCUUGAGGAAAAGGUUCGGGAUGUGUACAUGAAGUGCAAAGAUGGACACUAG